UGACAAAAAUUCAAUCUCUCUCGCUCUCUAUAUCUCUAUAUCUAUCGAUCUAUAUAUUUCAACGAAGAAGACGAUCGAUCGAUUAAUCAAUCGAUCAUGAAAGAGCAUAAAGUUCGUCAAUAAUAGCUUCAACGAUUCUCUGCUACGAUUCACCGAUCCAGGUAGCAUCGCACGAUAAAACCCUAGCUUCUCAACUGAGAAUUUUAUCGACGUAUGGAAUAAUAAUACCUUAUUGUUCAAGAUUUGUAAAUUUUUUGUCAAAUUGCUUCAAAUUUCAUCUCAGCGAGGAAGAUGUAUUCACUGUAUGUUUUCGCUUUCUUGCGUUUGUUGUAAAUGAUCCGUCGAUAGAGUAUUUUCUUUCUUUAUUACGUUAUCUGGAUCGUGUUUUCGAACAGAUAAAUCUCAUGUUGGAGAUUAGUGGGUUUAGCGUUUGUUUGUGCCCUAUAUUCAAGAUGCACUGAUUGUUAGUUUGUGUUUGAGAAAACCAUUUUAGAGAAGAGAGGUGAUUUUUCCAUAUCCAAGCAGUUGCAGAAUCUAUGUCAUGUUUCUAGUGUUACCUAAAGUGUAAUGAACAAUGUUUGGAUGCGGCUUGUUUUGGUCUGAAUCAGCACUGGACAAACUUGGUGGAGGAGAGUUCAUUCAUUGAAAGAGUAUAGCUAAUCUAGGAUGACAUAUCGUUGGGAAUAGCAUUGAUAUAGGUCAAUAGAGAUCGUAUUAUUUCUAUUUGCGGUCAAUUUCAGAAGUUGUAACUCGUACAUUGGGAGAGUUCAAUUCUUGCUUCUGCAGAAGUUGCGUAUUCAAGAAUUUCAAAAUGAGCUUGGAAGAUGAAAUUAGGAAUUCCCUUAUCAAGGAUGCACAAUCAUUUCAAGAACCUAGCAAGAAGCAAUCAAAGACUACUUAUACACGAUCUUUUCUGUUAUCGCUGGGUGAAUUAGAUGUUUGCAAAGAGUUACCUAGUGGAGUUGAUCUGUCAAUAUUGAGUGAAUUUGAAGAAGCCUGUCAAUUGCAAGGCGGCCGACAGAGGAAUCAUGGAAAUUUGCCUUUACAAAGUUUUCGGCGAAGUGAGUAUGGGUCAUCACCACCUACUAGAGGGGAUUCAAAUAACUUUACAAGGGGUUAUGGAAGGUGGGACAAUAAUUCUGGUAGUUGGAAUGACAGAGACAGUGACACACAAUCUGAUAAGGAUUCAGAUACUGGGUGGCGUCCUGGAAACCUUUCCAGGAGAUCAUCCCAAACAUCUGAGCAUGAUGGGCUUCUUGGUAGUGGUGGUUCAUUUCCAAGAACAUCAUCCGGUUAUACAGCUGGUUUAUCAGCCUCAAAGUCGGCUCGCCCAAACGAUCACUAUCAGUUAAAUAAGAGUAAUGAACCAUACCAUCCACCUCGACCCUACAAGGCGGUGCCCCAUGGAAGGAGGGAGACUAAGGACUCGUUCAAUGAUGAGACCUUUGGCUCAUCUGAAAGUACAAGUCAGGACAAGAUGGAAGAUGAAAGAAGAAGAAGAGCUUCCUUUGAACUAAUGAGGAAGGAACAACAUAAAUCACUUCAAGAGAGCCAGAAACCAGAUCCAGACAAGCAUAGAGAUGGCCAAGGUUCAAAUAUCUCUGAAUUGCUGGACGAUACCAGUAGAGAUCUGAAGAGACCUUUUGGUACGAGCGGCGUUGAUGAGCCUGUGAAUCCUACUACAGCCGAUUCUAGCAAAUCAUCUUUACAGUCUCAGGUUUCAAGACCACGAGUACCCCCUGGUUUUAAGAGUACAACAAUUCCAGGGAAGGAUUCCUCAUCAGAGGUUGGAAUAUCCAAAGUCGAGGAAAGUUUUUCUCAUGGUAAAGCUAUUGGACAAAAUGGUAAUAUGGACAGUAGUCAAGUGAGGCAACAAACUCACAUUCAAAACCAGCAAUCUGAGAAAACAAGUGCUGCUAAUAAUGAUAAACCGAGUCUGGUACUGUCGGCUGAUCCAAAACUUCCAAGUAUAUUAGAUGGUUCUGUGACCAUAAAUGGUUCUGGCAAUCUCAAAUAUGAUAUGGAGCAAAUGACAGAGCAUAAAGCUAGCCGUGAGAUGAAGCAGAAUGGUACAUCUAUCCUAGAAGAGAUUUUAGGAACCACUUCAAUGCUAAAUAUUCACGGGGCAUCCAAUGCCAAUGAGGAGCUUCUUGUUAAGGAUGAUCAGGAGUCUUAUGAUGCUGCUGCUGUUCAAUCCUCCAAGUUUGCUCAUUGGUUUAUUGAAGAUGAAAAGAAGACAGGCGAUCCUUCUUCGUAUGGAAGGGGAAACAAUCUACUUUCACUAAUUGGCGUAAGUGAUAACAACAAAGUCAGUGAUGUAAAAGCAGCAACAACCCAACAACAAAAUAUGAAAGAGUUUCCGUUCCUCCAGGCUUCUGAAACUUCCUCAUUUGGGUUUUCUAGCCAAGGAAAUACUCUUCCUCUUCCUCCUCCUCCUAAUGUAGUACUCACGUGUGAAGAUCUUGAACAAACCAUCCUAUCAGAAUACGGUGAAAAUAGUUUCAUCCAGAAAACAACAGAUCUCGAGAGCUGGAAUCCUCCUACUAUUUUAAGUUUGGAUAUGCAGCCUACGCCUACUACUACUAUUACUACUAGUACAAAAGCAGAUAUUAUUGACAACGGUGCAUCUCAACAUCUUUUGUCUUUGUUACAAAAAGGAAAAGGGUUGCAGCAGCAAGAUGUCAAACAAAGUUAUUCAUUUUUUAAUGGGUCGUCAACUCACGAUGUUUCCCAGGAAGAUGUUGCACCUGUGGAGAAUAACAAGUCUUUAGUAGUAGGUGGGAAGAGUCUAACACUUGAAACGCUUUUUGGUAGUGCUUUCAUGGAGGAGUUACAAUCUGUGGAUGCACCUGUUUCUGCACAGAGGGGUGGUGGUUCUAGAAGAAGUGAUGGUCCGUAUGGAGUAAUAAUUGAUCAUGAAAACGAUGCACUGCGAUUAAAUCAUCAGCAGCAGCGACAACAAACAAAGAUAGGUGAUGAUUUUGAGGGUUCGGUUGAUGUUCUCCGACUGUCUAAAGAACAACAACAAGAUGAUAUAUUUUCACAUUCUGUGAAACAAGGACCCCCCAUGAACAGAGUCACAAUUUACAAAGACGAACAACAACCACCUCCAUUUGGUCGUCUUCAACAGGAAAUGAGCAUCCCAUACCACCAUAAUAAUAAUUUCCAACAGCAGAAAUCUCCUCUAGUUUAUCCACCACCGUUUUUGAAUCCACACGAUGCACAUAUCAAUCAUCAGCAACAACACCAACCUCGAGUGAAUUCCAUGGAAAAUAUCCAUCAGGAUGAUGAUGGUCAUCCUCCUCCUCAUCUUCCUAGAAUGAGUCAAUUUCCCGGGGGAGGAAAUAUGAUGCAUCAGCUUUUGCCUUCUUCACAUAAUCACCAUUCCAAUGCUGCUGCAAGGCCUACUAUAAGAGGAGGUUAUGAUCAUCAUAAUCUUCCUUUUCUUCAUCAUCAACAGAUGUUGCAGCAGCAGCAACAACCACCUCACAUGCAAAGGGGGCAGCCUCAUUACCCGUCUGGCAGCGGCAGCAAUAAUAAUAAUCAAUCAAGUGGAUUUUUGCAUGAAUUAAAUGCAAUGCAGCAGGGAUUUCCUUUUCCACACCGCCCACCACCACCCAAUUUUAACCUAGGACUCGGAAUGCAUCAACAACAUUCCAUCAACAACGGUUUGGAUGUUAAUGCUGCUGCUAGCACUGGAAAUGGAAAUAUGCAUAGUAAUAAUAGUCAUCAUUCAGAAGCUAUGAAAAGGCUAAUUGAGAUGGAACUCAGGGCAAAUGCUAAAAUGCAACAGGGUAGUAGUAUGUUUGGCCAUGACUUAGACCUUGCUGGUUUUCGAUAUAGAUGAAAGAAGAAGAAGACGAUGAUGAUCCAUCCACCACCUCCACCCGCCUCAGUUAUGGCUUUCCUUGUGUCUUACUCUUUGUGUGACUGCCAUACUCUCUCUGUGUUGGUAACAAUAAUAAUAAUAAUUAGAGGAUGAUGAUGAUGUUGAGACAAAAAAACAAAUAAUGUGAUUAUAUCCUCCUCUAUCUCUUUGUUUUUACUUUUGGGGAUUUUAUAUUGACAUGCAACAAGAAGGAAAAAGAAGAUUGAUUCACCAAAUAAAA